AUGCUCCAUUCAACAUUGGCCUUGCCCCUCCUGCUAAUUGCAGUCUCAUCAAACCUUGCAAUGGCAAUCAAAAAGGAAAAAAGAGCACCUCAGACACUGUCAAGAGGGUGGGGAGAUGAAAUAACCUGGGUACAAACUUAUGAGGAAGGGCUUUAUCAAGCAAAGAAAAGUAACAAACCACUGAUGGUCAUUCACCAUUUGGAAGACUGCCAAUACUGCCAAGCACUGAAGAAAGCUUUUGCUGAAAAUGAAGAGGUACAAGAAAUGGCCCAAAAUAACUUCGUUAUGCUGAAUCUCAUGCAUGAAACUACAGAUAAAAACCUGUCACCUGAUGGACAAUAUGUGCCUCGAAUCAUGUUCAUAGACCCGUCUCUCACAGUAAGAGCUGAUAUCACAGGAAGAUACUCUAAUCGGCUAUACGCUUAUGAGCCACAAGACAUACCAUUCUUAAUACAGAACAUGAAGAAAGCAUUACGUCUCAUUCAGACAGAACUGUAACAAACAACAGUGAAAUGAUCAUAGCCUCUACAGUGUGAAGCUGCACCAGGAUAUUUUAAAACAUUUUAGUUAACCUUUCUGUCUCUACUAGCAUUUUGAACUUUAACCAAGCAACUUAAUAUACCAGAUUUUGUAAGAAAUAUAUAUGCAUGAUUUGGAGAACAAACAUAAAAAGGCCAUCAUGGCCACUUGGGAAACAGAGAAGAAAUCUAUCAAACACUUUGAAGUUAGUUUUCUGAAUAACUGAAAGUGAUGGUUUAAGGUGCAGCAACUUUGAGCUGCAUUUUAUUAAUUCAACUAUAGCUUCAUUGUCAGCUACAACUUCUGACCAAGAGCUAUAGACAAUCUUUUUUUUAUGCCAAUUUACAAUUUAUUAUGUAAUGUAAUAUCUACAUCUCAGCUCCUAAUUUUUAUUUUUAUUUCAUGUAGCUUGUAAGUCUAUAGUGUAGCUCAGAUUUACGUGUUUAUUUCUCAUUUGUUGGCAAAUCAGACAGGAAGACUCUUGCUAUAGAUUUUAGAAUAGCUAAUAUAGAAAAAAACCUGAGAUCUAGGCUUAGCUUUAUUCUGUGUCUUUAACUAUUAUUCUGAUAACUGAAAACAGAACAUAUAUAUUAUUCUGAGCAUGUGGUCUCCAUGAAGUGAUGAUAAUCAUCAAAUAACUACAGGCUUUACCAUGAUAAAAAUACAGUGAUGCAAGAGAGAUUGGAGGAGAUAAUCCCAGAACUCCACACCUGAGGCCAAGUCAUGCUUGUAAAGUCUGAUAUGGAAAAAAGGAGCAGGCUUUUCCUAGCUCUUUUAAAUGUCAUGUAAGGCAUGUGAAGCUCAUCACAGGCCAUUCCUUCUUCUGCAGCAUCCCAACUCAGACAUCAUGGUGGAAGCAUAGUGAAGGGAUCUGUACAUACAAACUCUACUUCACAAAACCACCAUGUGGAAGGGCAGGCACCUAUUUUAAGUUAAAAGCUUAAGUCAGUUGAGAUAGUUUGUUAUCCCAACAACUUUCUUUUUCACUGGAGCAAGAUGGUAAGUCAUUAAUCUGCAGGAAAAGCAAGUGUGUUAUGUUCUGUGCAAGAAACCGGUGUCACUUACGUGUGUAACCUGCCGUUUCCUAUGAUGCUGCCUAAAGGCACCUAUGAAAGAUGUGUCCUUUGCAGGACGUCUAUGUUAAUUUACAAUAAGGAGUAAUAAUUCGUCAUAAAUUAGUUAUAUUGUGGCUAUCUAUGUCUUCAUAGUUAUGUAAAAUUUGGAUACAAUAACAUAUUCCAACAAAGUGGUCAUAAGUGGUUGGUAAAAUCAGAGAAAAUAAUCUUGUAUAAAUCCUUAACGGUAUAUUGUCUUCAUAAUCUGUUAAAUGUUUGGGUUUUUUUGUUUGUUUGUUUUGUUUUUUAACCUGUGGGAAAAUGCU